AUGAUAAAAUUAUCUUUUCAUGAUUCUUUACCAUGUAAGAAAUUUACAAAUCAUGAUGGAAAUUUAUCUAAAAAAGAAAAAACCAAAGUAGAUAUGCUUAUUGCUAAAGAAAUUCCAAAUGAUCAACCUCUUCAUCCAUUAGUUCACAAAUAUACGGAAUGGAAUCCUUCAUCUGAAUUGAUUAAGUUAGAGUUAGAACGUAUAAAAAAUGGCCGUAAACUUGAUGCUAUUGAUUUAUCACGUUAUACAUCAUUUAAAGAACCUACAACAUCAAACAAAGAAUCGUGGAUUCAUGCAAUAAAUAGAAGCUUAAUUUCAUUUGAAUUUUUAAAAGGAAGAAUUGAAAAUCUUCAUCUUUUACAUGAAUUUGGAAAAAAAUCUUGGUUAUUAUAUCUUGAACAACUUGAACAUUAUUUGCGACAAUUAGAAACAUAUCUUUUGACUUUGCAAGAUGAAAUAUCUAUAUUAAACAAAGAAAGAAAAAGAUUUCAAACAGAAGGUAUAGGUCUUGAAUUGCAGAGAUUAGAAAAUGAAUUUUAUCAUUUUAUUAGACGUAUAUUUGAUGUGGAAGUUGCAAAUCUUCUUUUAGAAAAAGAAAUUCAAAAUCACCAAAAUAAAUUAUAG